AUGAAGCUCUCUACUAUGAAGGCUGCUCUGGGCUCGGCUUUGGUCCUGCUCUCUGCCCAACCCGCCGAGGCUCACGAUGGCUCUCACCGCCACCUUCACAAGUUGAAGUCCGGUCUGGGUCCCAACGAGGAAAUCGAAACGCUUGCUGAGAGGGAUGUCAUCAAGAGAACUUCAGACGGCAAGGCCAUUUGCAGCUUGCCCAGCGAUGGCGAUCUGGUCAAAGUCCCUGGUGCCAUGAACAAUGGUUUUGCCAUGAGCCCCGAUCAGGCCUGUGUUGAAGGAAGCUACUGCCCUAUUGCCUGCAAAGCCGGCAAAGUCAUGGCGCAAUGGGAGCCCGAUUCGUCCUACACGUAUCCCUCAUCCAUGAACGGUGGUCUGUACUGUGGAUCUGAUGGUAAAGCUACAAAGCCCAUCAAAGGCUCUCCCUACUGCGUCGAUGGAGCUGGUAGCGUUGAGGUCUUCAACAAGUGUGGCAAGACUUUGUCGUUCUGCCAAACCGUUCUGCCGGGCAACGAAGCUAUGCUCAUUCCCAGCGUGAUUGACAAGUCCAUCACUCUUGCUGUUCCCGACCCUAGUUACUGGUGCAGCACCAGUGCUCACUACUACAUCAACCCUCCUGGUGUUACGGAUGAGGGUUGCAUCUGGGGUGAUUCCUCCAAGGCAGUCGGUAACUGGGCUGCGUACGUCGCAGGAGCCAACCAGGACAGCCAGGGACGAACUUUCGUCACUCUCGGUUACAACCCCAUCUGGGAGGGUUCCGCGCUCAAGAACACAAAGCCUACCUACGGUGUCCGAAUCGAGUGCCCCGAUGGCGGCUGCAAUGGCACUCCUUGCUCCAUCGACCCCUCUGCCAAUGCUGUUGGAGAGGUGACCAGCAACCUGGCUGGUACUGGCGCCGGCAAUGCCAAGUACUGCGUUGUCACUGUUCCCAAGGGAAAGAAGGGUCGCAUCAUUGUCUUCCCACUUGACGGAUCCGGUGGAAGCGACUCUGACGACGACGAGAAGGAUACUAAGGUCGAAAUCAAGGUCGCCAAGUCUUCGGCUGCUCCGUCACCUACUCCGACUCCGACGCCAACUCCUACUCCCACCCCUACUCCUACGCCGACACCGACGCCUUCGCCUUCCUCCUCUUCCGCGGCGCCCUCCUCCAAGGCUGUCAAGAGCUCCAGCUCCAAGGCUUCCAGCGCAGCCAUCUCCGCUUCCUCGACAUCAUCAAGUGCCCCCACUGUCAUGGCCGGUAUGUUCCAUGAGAACGAUAACUCAACGACCACCGCUUCCGACUCCGAUGUUACGACUUCCAAGCCUGCCACCGCCACAGAGACGGAAGAAUCAGCGCCCGCAACGACUUCGAAGGAGAAUGAAGGGGUCAAACAAGGCGGUGGUGCCAUUGCCGGCCUCGUCAUCGCCUUUGUGGCAGCCACUUUCCUCUACUGA